AUGACUGAGACAAGUAUGCGAGCAGGGAAUGCCGAUGUGUAUGGAUUCCUCGAGCCACAGUCCAUACAGAGAUUUGGGCAAUCACAAUUUGAGUCAGAAAGUUACAUUAAGAAUUGGAUGCAUAAUUCAAAGAGGGAUGUGUACCUAGGAGCCUACUUGAAUGGUGCACAUUGGCAAAUGGUCGUCAUUUUGCCUAAAGAAAAUGUUGUCAUCUGGUUUUGUUCGUUGCAUAAUAGGCCAGACAACUUCUUUAAGGGAAUUAUUAACAGUGCUUUGAAAGGACUUAACGAUACUCCACAAAGUAAAUCCAAGGCUGCUACAUGGAUGGAUCUAUGUGCAUCUAAAUUUCUGGAAAUGCACUCAUGUGGCUUUUCUUUUGCGUGGUUUGGUGAUAUGAACCCUCAUGUCCUCAUCAUUUGGCCAAGUGGGGUAGUUGUGUACCGGGCUUUUGUUGAGGGUUCGUCUCUUUUUAGCAAUGAUGCAAAGAGGGAGUUGCUUUGA